CUUCUGGAUCGCCAUUUUCUUCCUCCUCUCCGCCGGCGAUCUGCUGUUCUUUGGUGAUUCGUGACUCCGCUCUUAGACUCUACGGAUCUUCUGAGCCUUUGACAUUCUUAGGGUCACUCCUGAAAGCUUUAACGCUUUAGACUGAGGGCAUUUCGGCUCGUUUUCUUUUCUCUGCUGCUAGUUUGUCUGUGUCCUGAAGGAUGUCCUCCGACAAUCCCGAGUAUUCCCCCUUCUUCGCAGUGAUGGGCGCCUCAGCAGCGAUGGUCUUCAGCGCACUCGGUGCUGCUUAUGGCACAGCCAAGAGCGGCACAGGCAUCGCUGCUAUGUCGGUGAUGAGGCCGGAGCUCAUCAUGAAGUCCAUCAUUCCCGUGGUCAUGGCAGGUAUCAUCGCCAUCUACGGCUUGGUGGUGGCUGUACUCAUUGCUAACAACAUUUCAGACAACCUCCCUCUCUUCAGGAGUUUUCUUUACCUGGGUGCUGGGCUGAGUGUGGGUCUGAGUGGCCUUGCUGCCGGCUUUGCCAUCGGGAUCGUAGGAGAUGCAGGAGUUCGAGGCACGGCCCAGCAGCCUCGUCUGUUCGUUGGCAUGAUCCUUAUCCUGAUCUUUGCUGAGGUUCUGGGGCUUUAUGGGCUUAUUGUUGCCCUUAUCCUCUCCACCAAGUAAACAGCAUUAAUAAGAAUAAUAAUUUAUAAAUAUAGUGAUACAAAUACCCACCCACUACACACACAAACACACACAAAUACCAACUCUAACAUCCACUUAAUGAAACAACAAUUGACUACACCACAUGAACAGAAGAGAGGGGAGUGUGUUUGUGUGUAUGUAAGUGUGUGCGUGCGUGUUUGUGCUUGGUGGGCAAUUAAAUGUAUGAGAGAGCUCUCCUCUCUGUGUGUAUUAUAGUAGCCUGACGUGCGUCUCCUUGUAAAUGCGCUGUGUAGCUUGUGAAUUUGUCCUGUUGGUGUUUAGAUUGCUGCCCCUAACUUUACUGCUACACUUGUUUGUCUGCAUUUUUAUUUUCCCCUCUUGUAUGACGAACAAAUCAUCUUGUUUUUUUUGUUUUUUUCUAUUUUGGGACCAUUUGCCGAUUAAUACUAAGAUAAGGACUUUAAAAAAAAAAAUUAAAAAAAGGUGCAUUUUCACUGAUUAUUUAUGAAGAUUUUGAAAUGUUCAUGAAAUUGUUUAAUUGAAAGUCUUUAUUGAAAUCCCAGUGAUCUCUCUAUAUAUAUAAACAGAAAUAUAUAUAUCUGUAUAGGUAGGUGAAUUGCACUGUGGGUAAUUUGUGCUUGGAGUUCCUCUGGAUGUAAUCAUCGGUUACCAUGCAAAUUUUGUUGUCUGUAUCAAAAAGUUAUUGGUGUGGAAAUUUACAGAGCGUGCCGUCUGUGAGUGUAUGCACGCAUAUGUUUGUGUGAAUGUGUAUGUUUUAAUUCUAAGGUGACAUUCUUUGAACAAUGUGUAGCGUUAUACCUGUAGCUACUACUGUUUCUGGUUGCAUUGAUGGGCACACACCAGCCCAGCCCGUCCUGUUUCCAAAUAAAACUUCCUCAACUUCC